AUGAAUAAAAAUGAUUAUAAACAUGAAAUAAGAUUAGUGGUAUUAAUAAAACGAAGAAAGUUGAUAGAAGAUAAACUGGUGGAAAUAAAAAAAGAUCAAAUAUCGCAUUCUAAAAAAAUGGAAUCCCUCAAAUCGACUGCUCUGAUUCCAGGAGAGCCUGAAUUUAAGACGGAAUUUAAUCUGCUCAACAUGUUGCUGGUAAAGAUACCGAAGCACGUGGAUUUGAGACUGAUACUAAACGUGAAGCCGUUGCAGCCGAGACACACAGUGGCCUUGCAGCAGUUACACUCGGAACUGUUCCCAAUCAGGUACGAUCCAAAAUUUUUUGAAGUCGCCUGCUCCACGGAAUCAGGAUUUUUCGAUACACAGUCGUUCUGGGAUUUUUUCGACUCGUCGCAUAACAAUACGCGAGACGUGGAUUGGUAUGAGAAUGAAAUCAUGGCGUUUGGAGUCUUUCUGCCGAGGACAUACGUGAGUUUCUUCAGAAGGACUGGAGAGUAUGCAAUCGACAAGUACCUGGAGUUUCUGGUGAAGGACGCAGAUUACAGCGAAUUCGACGACCCGUUGACAGAGUCGUUGCUGUACGAUCAUGAGUGUGACGAGUUUAUGAUAGGCUUUGUAACACUGCUGAUAAACCUGGAAGAAACGAACAACCUGAUCUCGGGAGACGACUACAACAUACUGAGGACGUUUUACACAAGUCAGCUGGAGGAGACGGAGAGAAGAAUUAGAAGCUCCAUAAGAAUAAAUGAAAGCCUUCUGGGGGAUAGCUUCUACCUGUUCCUCUACAACCAGCUGUACAAUAAUGAGCUCAUUAUGGAGUACGUGAGGAAUUUUAACAUCAAGAACGCAAAGAGCGUGUACAUACUGAGCACAGGAAUAACACUGGGGCUGAGAAAGAGGAUGCUGGGAACGCACGUGAUACUGUUCGUGCAGCUGCUGGUCUACUACGUCAACUACAACGUAUACGUAUACGAAAACAGCUACUAUCAACUGACAACGAGGAGGAAUAUGAGCGUAAUGAGAAACUACUACAACAGCAAGUUUAUAAGAAUGAGGGACAUGUACGUGUACUACACGCACGUGUUGAACCUGGGAAAUGUGCCAGUGACCAUGGCAAAUUUCAUAACGAAGGUAAAUGAAGUUAACAAAAACGGCACUGAAAAUAGCAAUGUAGCCGCAGAUUUAAACUCACUGAAUGCUAGUAACAGUAACGUCAAUAAGGACGUUGCAGUGGCAAAAGGUAGAAUAAAUGACGUGUAUAGUAAAAUGCCACUUGUAAUAUACCUGCACACGAUCUACUACAAUGAAUAUGCGACGAGGAUGUACGAGCACCUGAACUUCUACAGAAUAAAGAGCAUACCAGACUACUACAACAUCAACAACAAGAGAUAUGAUGCGAAUUUCCUUGCACAUUACCUUUGUAUGUAA